UUGACAGGAACAAACAGAAAAGCCUCCUCCCCCUCACGGUUUCCAGGGCAACCACCAGGAAGUAGUGCGGUGACAGCCAGCCAAUCAGCUGCUCCGCUUCUUGUGGUCCGUUAACGGCGACGGAUGGACCUGACGUGACAACCGAGAUGGAAGUGAACCGUUUGGACUUCUACAUCGGUCUCUCUCUGGCUGUGAGCUCCAGUGUGUUUAUCGGCGCAAGUUUCAUCCUGAAGAAGAAAGGCCUGCUACGAUUGGCCAGCAAGGGUUCAAUGCGAGCAGGUCAAGGGGGGUAUGCUUAUCUGAAAGAAUGGCUAUGGUGGGCAGGACUAAUCUCAAUGGGAGCUGGAGAAGCCGCUAACUUUGCUGCAUAUGCAUUUGCACCAGCUACACUGGUGACUCCUCUUGGAGCACUGAGUGUACUCAUCAGUGCUGUGCUCUCCUCUUACUUUCUGAAUGAGAGGCUGAAUGUGCAUGGGAAGAUUGGUUGUUUGCUGUGCGUCCUGGGCUCCACGGUCAUGGUGAUCCAUGCACCGCAGGAAGAAGAGGUUGCCUCCCUCAGUGCAAUGGCUGAGAAGCUCAAGGACCCAGGUUUCAUUGUGUUUGCUGUGUGCGUUGUGGGAAGCAGCCUGGUUCUUAUCUUUGCUGUGGCUCCGCGGUUCGGACAGAAGAAUGUGCUGGUCUACAUCCUGAUCUGCUCUGUGAUUGGCUCCCUCUCUGUGUCUUGUGUCAAGGGCCUGGGCAUUGGCAUUAAGGAGCUGUUUGCUGGAACAGCAGUGCUGAAGGAACCGCUAUUCUGGUGCUUAGUCGUCUGCCUAGUAAUCUGUGUCAGCGUUCAAAUCAACUACCUGAACAAAGCCCUCGACAUAUUUAACACCUCUAUAGUUACUCCUAUUUACUACGUAUUCUUCACCACAUCAGUCAUGGCCUGCUCAGCUAUUCUCUUCAAGGAAUGGUUGCGUAUGACCACUGAUGGAGUUGUUGGGACAAUUAGCGGGUUCCUCACCAUCAUUUUGGGAAUUUUCCUCCUCCAUGCCUUCAAGGAUAUUACAUUUACCUGGGAUUCCCUGCCGCUCUAUCUGAGGAAGGGUCCUCAGGGCUUUCCAUGGGGCCACCAGCCCUAUGUGGCUCUUCCCAACCACGACUCGCAGAGGGUGAGAUGAAGCUGCCCAGAGAAGGAGGCUCAAAGGGGGGAUGGGGUACACACCAGAGAGCUCCUUAAGGACGACCAAAGUCUGUGACCACUUAGAAAAAUUGCUUUUUGCAAUUCUGAAGCUUUAAUGCACAUCACAGCUUUAUAAUGUGACAAGUUUACUAAAUCUGAACUCAGUCUGUCUUAAAGAAUGCAGAAUGCACUGGAUGAACAAAGUUGCCUUAAAGCGAGCAUAAACAAACUAUCAGUACUCUGGAUUUUACUUACAGUGUACGUUCUUAGUUGUGCCUCAUAGUACAUGCACAUUUCUUUCGUUUAAAAAAAAAUAUGUAGUAUAAUUUAUAUCAAUGUGAAUGUCUGUUACUCUGUAUUGAGUUUUUUAAAAAAACAAUUGGCGUUGUAUUAGCCUACAUAAACCAGAUUGUGCCUUCUGUUACAGAAAACUAUUACGUUUUCAGAGCACUUUUAACUUUGAUUGUACAUACAGGUAAAUGAAAUGAUUUGCAACCAGUGUUAAGGCAAAAACUUAAAUUGCCCUGAAUUCAAGUUUGAAUAAUUUCUUUGACGUGACUAUAUUACCUCAGUAUUAUAGACAAACUGCACCAAAGAAUGUUCUUUCAAUGUAUAAAUUAAUUCCCAACAUGUGCCGAGCUGUAACAUAUUCCUGAUGUAACUGUACUUUUUUGUGUGUUUAAUAAUGCUGAUUAAAGCAUAACUAUGCAACAAUG